AUGCUUCACAAAUCAUUUACUCUUUUAUCUUUGCUUUCAGCAACAGUGUUUGCUUCGAAUCAUGAACACCACCAUGGAGAUUCAGACUCCGAUAGUAACAGCACUACUACCAGCACCGAUAUAUCUUUCAAUCAUUGGAAUGUUUCUGGUUGUGGGGGUAACUCCUCUAUAAGUUCCAACAGGACUACUAUUGAAAGCUCCGAACUUGGUGCGGACCUCACCAAAGACUCUUAUUCUACUACUUUGACUUCUGUUGCUUCUACCUUAGUCACUUCCACCAUAACUGCUCAUCAUCUGGAUACUACUUCUGUAUCUAAUCUAGAUGAUGCUUCUAGUCUGGAUGAUGCUUCUGCUUCUGCUUCUAACCUGUUCACCGCUUCUGCUUCUUCCUCUUCUUCUAGUUACGCCGGUAGAGGUACUUAUUGGACCCCCGAUAGCACCGAUGCCUGCGGAAUUACCGCAGGGCCAAAUGACCUCGUUGCUGCCAUCGGAAUCAACUUGUAUGACUCCAAUACCAACAGCAAUUAUAUAAGCGGGUACUGUGGUAAGAAAAUCAAUAUCAACUAUCAGGGGAAGUCUGUCCUGGUGACAGUUGUCGAUGCUUGUGCUACUUGUGGUGACCAGGAUUUGGAUUUAUCCCCUUCUGCGUUUGCUGCUUUAGCCGAUCUUUCAAUUGGGGAGAUUCAGCUUAGUUGGUCCUGGGCUUAG